ACUAUUUUGUUGACGAAUGUUUUAAGAUAAAUUACAUCUUCAAUUGACAUAAUAUGUACACAAAAUAAUAAUAAAUAUAAAACUAGAAUAGCACACAAUGCUAAUAGCUUUUAAUAAAAAGCAUUUGAUAACUAUUUAUUUAACAGUUUUGAGGCCGUAUCUAAUUUUCGCCAACAACAUGUCCUCUGGUAUAGUAGAUGCCGAUAAAUACUCCGUAGCUUAUGUCACAGUCCCAAGCACAGAUGUUGGUAAAACAAUUGGACACGGCCUGGUGAAGAACAAAUUAGCUGCAUGUGUUAACAUUAUUCCCCAAGUGACAUCUAUUUAUGAGUGGAAGAAUGAAAUUAAUGAGGAUAGCGAGGCACUGUUAAUGAUAAAAACACGCACAUCUCUGGUCGACCAACUUACGGAAUUUGUCCGCUCGAACCAUCCCUAUGAGGUUUGUGAAGUCAUUUCUUUACCAAUCCAAAAUGGAAACCCGCCUUAUUUAAAAUGGAUUGGCGAUACUGUUCCUGAGAAACAGUAAUAAUAUAAUAUAAUAUGUAUAGUAUUAGAGGAGAUUUUUUUUUUAUAAUUUAUGUCUGUUUAGCUAUUUUGUCGAUAUAUUAACCAUAUAUAAGUAUAAUUUAUAGUGAAAUAAUACGAAUAUUGUACUAUUACGUAGAUGGUAAUAAAAAAAAUGCAGUUUAUUUAAAAUUAUCUAUCGCCAUUACUGAUAUAUGCAGUGAAUCUUUAAAAUUUAGGUUGAAUAAAAAAUGUUAUAG